GUUAAUAAGUAAUCCAGGAUCUAAUUUGACUUUUGCUCUCAAAACUGAGCUCAUCAGCUGACUUGAAUGCAGACAACAGCCCUUCAGUCACAUACAGAGUAGCCUAGCACCAUCUACUGGCACAAAUAUGUAAGUGACAUGAACAGCAGGUUUCAUAAAACACCUUCUCUGACAGAAAACUCCUGAUGUGUUACAGUUUUCUCUCGUGUGAUCACUGGACUGAACACAGAUCCACAUCAGACGUCCUCCAGGAAACAUGAAGGAGAUUUUCCACUCAAACUGAGAGAAUGACUGAAGUCCAGCAGAUGAGUGGUUGUGUGGAGGAAGAUGAGGACAGAGCAGAGUCUCCAGGACCCAGCGGUCUGUCUGUGAAGAGUGACCGGUGUAUGAAACCACCUUUAACCUUCAGUGAUGAACCUGGAGCCUCAGAGACAAAAGGUCAGAACCAGAGACAGAGAGCAGAGUCUCCAGGACCCAGCGGUCUGUCUGUGAAGAGUGACCGGUCUAUGAACAGACCUUUAAAGUUCCAUCAUGAACCUGGAGCCUCAGAGACAAAACACAAGUUUGCUGUUUCUGUGGACGAGCAGACGUCCCGCUGUCCUCUGUGUCAGGACGUCCUGAAGGAUCCAGUCUCCACCAGCUGCGAUCACCGGUUCUGCAGACACUGCAUCUCCUCAUACUGGGACCAGUCUGGUCCACCAGUAGACUCCCGCUGUCCCCAGUGUGGGAAAAGACCCAGGACAGGACGUGGACCACAGAGCAUCUUUGCAGAUGUUGGUCUGCAGAAGGUUCUAGAUGAACAUAAGAUCAGUCUGAGGAGCAGAUUUGAACAUGUGACUGAAGGAACUGAAGGAACAGGAAGUAGAACCCUCCUGAACAGGAUCUUCACUGAGCUCUACAUCACAGAGGGACAGAGUGAAGAGGUCAAUACUCAACAUGAGGUGAUGCAGCUGGAGACGACCUCCAAGAAGAAGAUGGUCCAGGACACUCCCAUCAAGUGCUGUGACAUCUUUAAAGCCUUACCUGACCUGCAGGGGAGCAUCAGAGUCGUCCUGACCAACGGCGUUGCUGGUGUUGGAAAAACCUUCUCGGUGCAGAAGUUCACUCUGGACUGGGCCGAGGGUUUGGAAAACCAGGAUGUGAAUCUGCUGAUUGUGCUCUCGUUCAGGGAGCUGAACCUGAUCAGAGAUCAGCAGCACAGUCUUCUCACGCUGCUCCAUGUUUUCUAUCCAACAUUAGAGAAGGUCAGAGCAGAGGAGCUUGCUGUCUGUAAACCUUUGUUCAUCUUUGACGGCCUGGAUGAAAGCAGACUCUCACUGGACUUCAGCAGCAGGACGCUGGUUUCUGACGUCACACACAUGUCAUCAGUCAACUCGCUGCUGACCAACCUCAUCCAGGGGAAUCUGCUUCCCUCGGCUCUCGUCUGGAUAACAUCUCGACCUGCGGCGGCCUAUCAGAUCCCUCCUACAUGUGUUGCCAGGGUAACAGAAGUACGAGGCUUCACUGACGACCAGAAGGACGAGUACUUCAGGAAGAGAUCCAGAACUGAAGAUCUGUCCAGCAGAAUCAUCUCACACAUCAAGACGUCCAGGAGCCUCCACAUCAUGUGUCAAGUCCCAGUCUUCUGCUGGAUCAGUGCUACAGUUCUGGAGCACAUGUUGACCACAGAGCAGAGAGGAGAGCUGCCCAAGACCCUGACAGACCUGUACUCACACUUCCUGCUGGUUCAGACCAAGAGGAAGAAGAAAAAGUACGAUAAAGGACAUGAGACAAGUCCACGGGAGCUGAUGGAGGCCGAUGGGGACUUUCUUCUGAAGCUGGGGAGGCUGGCCUUUGAACAUCUGCUGAAAGGAGACAUCAUGUUCUACCAAGAAGACCUGGAGCGGUGUGGUCUUAGUGUGACAGAGGCCUCGAUGUACUCAGGAGUUUGUACGGAGAUCUUCAGAAGAGAGAGCGUGAUCUUCCAGAAAUCAGUCUACUGUUUUGUUCAUCUGAGCAUUCAGGAGUUUCUGGCUGCAGUCUACAUGUUCCACUGUUUCAGACAAGAAGAUAAAGACAGGAAGACAGAGGUACUGCAGGACUUCUUCAGAAAAAAAGUUGAUGAUGAUGAUGGUGGUUACACUUCUCUGGAUGUGUUCCUGAAAGCAGCCAUGGAGAAAUCCCUUCAAAGUGAAAAUGGUCACCUGGACCUGUUUGUUCGCUUCCUUCAUGGACUCUGUCUGGAGUCCAACCACAGACUCUUAGGAGGUCUGCUGGGUCAGACUCAGAACAGUCCAGAAAUCAUCCGGAGGGUCAUUGAGAACCUGAAGAAGAUGAACACAGAGAACAUCUCACCUGACAGAAGCAUCAACAUCUUCCACUGUCUGACAGAGAUGAACGAGCAAUCAGUGCAUCAGGAGAUCCAAGAGUUCAUGAAGUCAAAGAACAGAGAACAGGAACUCUCUGAGAUCCACUGCUCAGCUCUGGCCUACAUGCUGCAGAUGUCUGAGGAUGUUCUGGAUGAGUUGGACCUGAACAAGUACAGAACAUCAUACCAGGGGAAACAGAGACUGAUUCCAGCUGUGAGGAACUGCAAGACGGCUCGGUUGAGGGGCUGCAGUUUGACAGAGAUCAGCUGUUCUUCUCUGGCCUCAGCUCUGAAGUCUAACCCCUCACACCUGAGAGACCUGGACCUGAGCUUGACCCAGCUGCACGAUUCAGGAGUGAAGCUGCUGUGUUCUGGACUGGAGAGUCCACAUUGUAGCCUGGAGACUCUGGGGUUGAGGGACUGCAGUUUGACAGAGAUCAGCUGUUCUUCUCUGGUCUCAGCUCUGAAGUCCAACCCCUCACACCUGAGAGACCUGGACCUGAGCUGGAACAAGCUGCAGGAUUCAGGAGUGAAGCUGCUGUGUUCUGGACUGGAGAGUCCACAUUGUAGACUGGAGACUCUGGGGUUGAGGGGCUGCAGUUUGACAGAGAUCAGCUGUUCUUCUCUGGUCUCAGCUCUGAAGUCCAACCCCUCACACCUGAGAGACCUGGACCUGAGUCAUAACCAGCUGCAGUAUUCAGCAGUGAAGCCUCUGUGUGAUCUUCAGAAGAGUCCAGACUACAGACUGGAGACUCUGAAGUGAGUAGAGUGUUGUUCUAAUCACAGUCAGACAAACAUCAGUGUUUCCUCAGUGAAGCUGUGACAGCACAAUAGUGACAGACUUCAUGAUUGGACACAAAGACACAGAGAGACAACAGACGAGCCACGAGCUGCUGCUACUCACAGACUAGAGCUGAGCGCCUCACAUGAUGAGCGUCCAUCAGCUGUUUGUAGUUUGACUUCAUCACAGAUUAUAGAUCCACUGUAUCAUACACUGUAAAAACAGCAGCACAUCUUGUUUGGUUAGAAAACGUCAAAGUAGCCACUUUCAGACUGGAACGUCAUUUUCCUUCAAACUCUGACAAAAGCAUCAAGAAAUGAGCAAAAUAUAAAGAAAUGAUCUUUAUCACAAGCAAAGAAAUGAAAGUGAGUCUUCUCUGACUUUAAGAAUUGACACCUUGGCAAGGGAGAACCCAAAAGCACGACAACGAGGCAGGAAAACGCAGAUUACUAAGUCCAAAAGCAGGAAUUCAGUCACAAACAGGCAAACACAUCAGAACAAGAAGACUAACUAGAAAUGCUGGAGCAAAAAACCAACACAAGACCAUCUGAAAAUGGGCUGCUAUAUAAUCACUGAGGGACUAAUGAGCCAAUGGAAAACCAGGUGAGGGAAAUGAGUUGAUUGCAUGGAAGAAAGAUGACAGGAGAACUAGUGACAAGACAUGGAAACAAAUGAAAAAGACAUGAAACAAACUAAGAGUUAGUGUAAGUACGUAAGUACAGAGAGAGUGAAUUUGACCUUUGUGUUUUAAACACAGCAGUAGUGAAGCAGGAGCAGCAGGGAUUUCAUUCAAACUGUUGUUUGUUACUGUUUAUUAAAGCUUACAUGAAGUUGUCAUUCUCUUCUUUUAAGACAAUGUUAGAGUUAGUUUUCUUCACUUUUUCUGUCAAAAAUGAGGACAAUUUCCCAGAAAGUAGACUUCAUUGACCUUUUUUUAAAAGUCUUCCACAAACACCUUCAAGUGUAAACCACAUAAAACCACGAGAAAGUCAUUUACAUUCACAUUAUAUCAAAUAACAUGAAGAGGCUGCAGACACAGACAUGAUAGUGACUCUGCUGUAAACAUGAACACUGGAGUGACAAACCCCGCCCCUUUCUGUUGGACCUCAGGUUAAAGCUCCGCCUCCAAGACUCUGUAACAUGAGUCAAAAUCAAAGUUCUCUCUGGUUUAAGGUUUAUAGACAAAUUCUGCAUGAACAGAAUAUAAACACAACUUUUUCCUGAAGAAAUAUGCAAAUGAGUGACGAGUAUCGUCACCGUGUGUGUGUGUGUGUGUGUGUGAGAGGCAACAUGAAACAGUGGCAACAACAAUUCAAUCAAAAAACCAAAUGUCCCUGAAAUAUAUCUACUAACAAAUACUUUCCAUCAAAGUACACAGAGUACGCAUUUAAGGCCACAGCUGAACAUGUGACCUUGACUUCCAUGUCAACAGAGAUGAACAUAAAGAAACAGCAACCCCUGCUGGUGAGGAGUAGUUCCUGCAGCACUAUAGAUGCACUAUAUGGACAAAAGUAUUUGAAUUGACGUGUUUCAAUGGGGCUUUGGACUCUCGGCCUCUUCUCUCAGUGAAGGACAAUCUGAAGUUCAGCAGACGCAGACAUUUCUACUCCAACAUGACUGUGUCCCAGUGGACAAAGCAACCACUAUAAAGACAUGAGCCCUGACCUUUAACCCCAUCCAGCACCUUUGGGAUGAACUGGAACAGAGAUUAAGAGCCAGACCUUGUGGUCCAGCAUCAGUGUGUGACCUCAUCAAUGCUCGACACAAUGAAUGGACACUAAUUCUCACAGAAACUUCAAAGUGUUGAGCAAAGUCUUCCAAGAAGAGUUGAAGCUGUUAAAGCUGCAAAACUCCAUAUGAAAAUACUGUGAAUGUAUUUGAAUACUUCAUAGUAGUCCAAAUACUUCUGUUGAUUUGUUUUCACACAACUCCAAACAACCAGUGUUUGGUGAAUGAGUGAAUGUGAGCUGUUGUAACAUGUGAUGUUAUUAUUCCACAUCUGAGCUGCAUCACUGACUCUGACUCUGACUCUCUGUCGUCUUCUCUCAACAGGUGGUGAACGUGAUGAAUGUGUGUGUGUGUGCGUGUGUGUGUGUGUGUGUGUGAGAGUGUGAGUGUGUGUGUGUGUGAGAGUGUGUGUGUUUGUGUGUGUGUGCGUGCGUGCGUGCGUGUGUGUGUGUGUGUGUGUGUGUGUGUGUGACGCUGCUUCAACAGAUCUGUGACAGAACUCCAACGAUGAUGGUGUGAUUUUUCACUCCUAACGUCCUGAACCUGUGACGAGCUGUUUCAACAUUUAACAUAAUGUGUCUUUAAUCCAAGAGUAUUCAUCUACAAUGUUAAUAAUAUCCAUAACCUUUAUUCCAUUAUGUAUAAUUACAUAUCUAACAGUUUACCCCUGACCAGUCAACAUGUGUUUCCUUUUCAUUUCCAUCAGUUAAAUGUAUCUAUGUUGUCUACUGAUGAGUUUUAAAAAAUGCUUUUUAAAUAUUUGACAGAAUAAUUGCUUCAAUAUUCAAAAACUCUAAACUCCAGCUCAUGAGAGCUAAUGAAAAUAAUGCCUGGUUCACAGUAUGUGGAGCUAAAGAGAGUGUUUGUUUUAAAUCAGUGGAAUGUUCCUUUGUUUACUUCAAACCUUAAAACAGUGCUUGUUGAUCCAUGAUUUCACUGAUCUUUUUGUGAAAUGAUGGUUUAUCAUUAUGGUCUGGUCCUUAGAACACUAAUGAGGCUUUUAGGGACUUUAAAGGGGGCUGAGACCUUGUUUUAGGGUUAGGCAUUUGAUUGUCAUGGUGAAGGUUCAGGAAUGCAUUCUGUCUACGAGUGUCCUCACUAAGAAUGCUGUACAAGAGUGUGUGUGUGUGUGUGGGGGGGGGGGGGGCUUGAGAUGUAUAGAAUGACUCAGCUCUUAUGAAACUAAGACACUGAUCCUGGUUUGGGUUUUUCCAGACAGAAAUGGUCCUAACAGGGUAACAAAUACAAGAACACACACAUAUUCUUGUACAGCAGUGGUCACCAACGUGGUGCCCGCGGGCUCAUUUCACUUCACCUCACUUGCAUGUAUCCAUAUGAUCACUGAGUAAAAUGUCUUUGAUAUUGUUUAUAAAACUGUGAUCAUCGUUAGUCAGCACUGAAAUGAAUGUGUAUGCAACUGAAUGCAUAAUAUUCAUCAUUUAAAUGGUCAUUAAAUGUAUGAAAUGUUAA